UUUAUUUUAAUUUUAGCUAAUGCACAUUUCACGGUGUGAGGUUCAGAACAGGUCUGGUGGUGAUGAACAAUAGGAGGAAUUAAAUAUCCAAAAUGUUUAAAAAUGCACUUGUUAGUUAAGUUAAAUGUGGUUUACAGCAAAUUCAAAAUGACAGUAUAUAAAGCAAAUAAUAAAUUAAAGCACAAGUUUUCUUUAUGAGUAACAUCCACUUUCAUGGUUUCAUCCUUUUAAUACUAAGUAAAAUAAAACAUUAAAACAUUGUGUGUAAAAUAAGUAAGUAGGUGGUUUAUAGCUAUGCCUUUCAAAUUAGACAUAAAAUAAUUAUAUUAGUGAUGCUUUUAGUUUGUUUUUUUUACUGAGGACAAACUGAAGAGAAUAACAACUGAUAGAAUAUGCAUUUCAGGAAUGUUUACAUUUUACAUACAUGUUACAUUACUGCAAAAAUAGGGUGUAUUUGUUUUUGUUAAACAGAUGGCAGCCAUGUAGAGAUUAUUAAAAGGCCAUGCCAGUGGUGGGUGUCCCUCUCAGUUAAAUCUAAAAAUAUUAAAAUAAAUUGUGAAUAAACAUAAGCAAGCAUUUACUUUCUAUUGAACAUUACUGUUGAUAUUGUGGUACAGAUACUGUUUAGCCAUUUGCACAAACUUUCAGAUUAUCAAAUGCCAAUCAAAACUGGAAAUAUAUCUUCGCCAAAAAAUAAAUAAAUAAAGCAACUGUUUUGUUUCAGUACUUUCAUGUCGCAUCUCUUCAUCGGAACCAAUGCUGAUUACCAAGUGGCUCAACGACGGAUAUUUCUGUUGCACAACCUGUAGCAAAGUAGGCGUUCAUCCCAUAGGUCCACGGUUCAUCCACGAAAGUAGUUAGCAAAGCUAACACUUGCAAGCUAACAGCGCUACAUUGAAUACGCCAUGUACACCUCGAAUAGCUAAAGUCUCUCACGGCAAAGGCUCUAACUUCACCCAGUGAAAGCACAGGCUGUUGUGAUGUCGGAGCCUAAACCCCCCACUCCAACCCCGGGAGACACCUACAAGGGUUGGCUCUUCAAAUGGACCAACUACAUAAAAGGUUAUCAGAGACGCUGGUUCGUUCUGAGCAAUGGACUGCUGUCUUACUACAGGACCCAGGCAGAGAUGGGUCACACAUGCCGAGGCACCAUCAACCUGGCCACAGCCAACAUUGCUGUGGAGGACUCGUGCAAUUUUGUAAUUUCCAAUGGAGGGGCGCAGACCUACCACUUGAAGGCCAACUCAGAAGUAGAGCGCCAGCGAUGGAUCACAGCUCUGGAGCUCGCCAAGGCAAAGGCAGUCCGCAUGCAGGCUGAAUCUGAUGACUCGGGUGAUGAUUGUCCUGCAGUUCCCCCCACCUCAGGACAGGGUGGAGGCUGCCGUAACUCAGAAGUCCAGUCCACACUGCGAACGCUCAACAGCAAGGUGGAGGACCUCACCACCUGUAACGAUCUCAUUGUCAAGCAUGGGUCUGCCCUCCAAAGGUCUUUGUCAGAACUGGAAGGGAUUCGUGUCGGAGGGGACAUGGGGGAGAAGAUCAGACAAGUCACAGAGAGGGCCACGCUGUUCAGAAUCACCUCGAAUGCCAUGAUCAAUGCAUGUAGAGACUUCCUCUCCCUGGCCCAGAACCAUAGUAAACGCUGGCAGAAGGCCUUACAUGGGGAGAGAGACCAGAGGAUACGGCUGGAAGAGACUCUGGAGCAGCUGGCCAAGCAGCACAACCACUUGGAAAGAGCUUUCAGAGGAGCCACAGUCCUCCCCUCUUCAUUCAGUAAUCCAGCCUUGGGUAACAAAGGUGGUGUGUCGGGGAAAGGUGAUGCCAGUGAUGAGGAUGAUGACAAUGAGUUCUUUGAUGCUAUGGAAGACCCAGCAGAGUUUAUUACAGUCCCUGCUGACCCCAAGUAUCACAGGAGGUCUGGGAGCAAUGUCAGCGGGUUCAGCAGUGAGACUGGAAUGGAUGAUCAGUCAGUAAAUUUUGAUGAACUGUCGUUGGCAUCCAAUCCAGAGUCUCCUCAUCCCCUUGAGCUAGAGCCAGUUAGGCAAAGACGGACUCGUAUCCCAGACAAGCCCAACUAUUACCUCAACCUGUGGAGCAUCAUGAAGAACUGUAUUGGAAAGGAGCUCUCAAAGAUACCAAUGCCUGUGAAUUUCAACGAACCCCUCUCAAUGCUGCAGCGUCUGUCUGAAGACCUGGAGUAUUACGAGCUGCUUGAUAAGGCUGCUAAAUGUCAGAGCUCUCUGGAGCAGAUGUGUUAUGUGGCCGCGUUCACAGUCUCUUCAUACUCCACCACUGUCCACCGCACAGGGAAACCCUUCAAUCCUCUGCUGGGAGAAACCUUUGAGCUUGAUCGGCUAAGCGAGUGUGGCUACCGCUCCCUCUGUGAACAGGUGAGUCACCACCCACCUGCUGCAGCUCACCACGCCAUCUCAGAAAAGGGCUGGACUCUCAGACAAGAAAUCACCCUGGCCAGCAAGUUCAGAGGAAAAUAUCUCUCUAUUAUGCCUUUGGGUUCUAUCCAGUGUUUAUUUGACAAGAGCGACAAUCACUACUCUUGGAAGAAAGUUACUACCACAGUACACAACAUAAUCGUUGGAAAAUUAUGGAUUGACCAGUCAGGGGAGAUAGAUGUGGUAAACCACAAGACAGGAGAUCGCUGCCACCUCAAGUUUGCUCCUUAUAGUUACUUUUCCAGAGACGUACCAAGAAAGGUAACAGGAGUAGUAACAGAUAAGGAUGGGAAGGCUCAUUACGUGCUAUCAGGAACCUGGGAUGAGAAGAUGGAGUUCUCCAGGAUCAUGCAGAGCAGUAAAGGCGAGAACGGCACAGAAGGCAAACAGAGGACUGUCUAUCAAACCCUCAAAGCCAAAGAAAUCUGGACCAAGAACCCUCUACCAGAGGGAGCAGAGAACAUGUACUUCUUCUCUUCGCUGGCCUUGACGCUCAAUGAACCUGAAGAGGGAGUGGCGCCAACUGACAGUCGAAGACGCCCUGAUCAGCGGUUAAUGGAGGACGGCCGCUGGGAUGAGGCGAACGCAGAGAAACAGAGGCUGGAAGAGAAACAGCGCAUCACCCGUCGAGAGAGGGAGAGGGAGGCCGUUAAAGCAGCCAGCUCACCUGAAGAAGCUGUCACUGAGGAUUCAAUCAAUGACUCACCCUUGAAAACUGAUGCAGUGGAGACUGGCAUAGAAGCAAAUGAGGUUUCUGAUGAAAGCGCCCAUCAAGACAACUACCAGGCGAUGUGGUUCGAGAAGAUAGAUGACCCUGUUUCUGGAGAGACUUUGCAUGUCUACAAAGGCGGGUACUGGGAGGCGAAGGAGCAAGGCAGCUGGGACGCGUGUCCCGACAUCUUCUGAUCCCAGCCAAAUCAGCCUGUUAUCCUGAGUGUGUGUGUGUGUGUGUGUGUGUGUGUGUGUGUGUACGUACAAAUGAGAAGACGGGAAGAGGUGACUUACUUUACAUCAGCUAAAGUGGGGACUCAAGCCUGACAUCAACUUUUCUUCAGCUUCAUCGGCUCAGCCCGCUUAGCUCCUCUUUUCCAGCAGUGAUUUGCUCAGGAUUAAGAGCCUCUGGACUUCCUGCUCAACUUAGAUACAAUGCACAUUGUAGCAUUGUUGUAUUAUUGCAGCACAUUAGUGUUCAGAAAUCCCUCUCACUGCCUCUCAAACACUGGUGUUUAUCUCUGUCUUGGUCCACUGCUUGUUGGUUCCUUGGUACAGCCUUUGAUUAGCAAGAGAUUACACCUGUAAUCUCAUUGUGCAUUGUCUUUAAAAGCAUUGUUAUCAAAGGAGUAAUUCAUUCAGAUGACAUCUUAAAAUAUGUAAGGUUUGCUGAGAUAGAGUGACCUCUCACCUGACGUGUAAUUAAUGUUUUUUUUGUUGUGUAUUCAGAUUAUUUAGCAAUUAAUUUAUUGCAGCUCCCCGACACAGCACCACUGUAAGUCAAAGUACCGUAAUAAUACCCAACCUUUUCUUAAAAUAAUUGAUGAUUCCGUUUUCAGACCACUCCAGAUUCAUAGACAUAUGAGAUUCAGUGUUUGACAGAAGAUAGUUAAAAAUUGUUUCUCAAGUAAUAAAUGAACAAUUAAUUUUGGACUGGUCUAAAAUGUGAAUUUUGCCUUUGAAUUUAUUGUGAUUUGUGGUGCUAAUUUAAUCCCUGAAGUGAAACAACAACCAUAUCGUAGCUUUUUGUUUAUUCGUCCAUUUCAAAACCUGAUUGUGAUUUUAUUUUUUCCCUGAUAUUUCCCUGAUCCUCCUGUAAAAUACAUGAUAGUGGUGAAGCAUUGUGAAAGUAGUUAAUUAAGAUUAUACCCUCCAUAUAUAAAGUCUGGUCUGGUAAACAGACCCGCUCACCCCAGAAUCAAAAACACAUAUUUUUCUUUUUACUGUAGCUGUAGCGCUAUGUUUCCAUCCAGAUUGGUUUGGUGUGGGUUGCCAAGUUUUGGAAAUAUCGGCUGUUGUUUUUUCCUACUGUCAGAUAUAAUGGAAUUAGAUGGCACUCAACUUGCGCUCUCAUCCAUCAGUAGAUGCAUUUGGCGGAUGUAGUUUGGUAGAAAGAAAAUAUUCCCUUAAUACAACUGCGCACAAAAGGUCUGUGAAUUAUCGCGAGUAAGCGGGUCACGAUGGAAGAUUCUUUAGGUCUUUAGGUCAGUGUCUCCAAUAUCCAGCAAGUCACUUCAAAACAGCCUAGACUGCAGCACAGCUAAUGUGUAUUUAAAUAUGUAUUUUUGAUUUUGGGGUGAACUGUCCCUUUAUGUAUUCAAAAAUGUGGGUCUUAAGUGGUGACAUAUUUUAUUCCAUAUAUAAGAACAUUUUUAAAAACCUUUUUUUAAAUUUAAUUUUCAUGUUUUUUCUAUAUUUUUUUAUUGACUGAGAAUAAUUAAAUUUCUUUGUGUAGCACAUUCAUUUUAAUAGAACAGAGUACAAUCUUUAUUUAAAAUCAUAAUUAAUACUAUAUAAAUUAUAACAGUGGUUCGAGUCAAAUUUUGAUAAACUAAAUACCAAAGGAAAAAUUAAGUAUGAAAAUAGCAACAGGGGAAAAAAAACAAUUAGAACUCUGGCUCUUUGUCUGUUUUGUUUUUUUCUCUUAAACACUUCAAUGUAAAGACUUACUUUAACACUAAAGCUACUUUCCUGAGUUGGUAAAUUACAUGCUCAGAAACAUGUGAAAUCUAUCACAUACGUAUCACUACCGCCUAACAUGUACGAUGGGAAGCGGAUGCAUUUUAAAAAAUCUGUGAACGGUGCGUGCUCAAAAUAAACCGGGUGUUAAGCUGCUCUUUAAAGAAUGUAGCUGUAGCCUCAUAUCACGUUUGUGCUCUCACUAUUCACUUUGGUCCAAUAAGGAUUCACUUCUGCUUUCAAAGUAAAUGUUGAUGUUCACCAUCUGAACAGCUGAGAUUAAUUUCAGAGCAGCAGAGCUUUGCUUCAGGCUGUCACUGUGCUGUGUGCUGGGAUUGAUGAUUAGUAAAGUGAAGGGAAAUGUGAGGCAAGUGUUUUUGCCCUCCUGGUUUCCUUCAAACAUAUUGAUCAUAGCUUUAAUUCUGAUUUAGGUUAUUUGAAUCUUUGUGUGUUGUGAGUGUAGAUUUUUAACAGUCAGCAAUAAGAGUGCCUCUGUAGGUGUACAUGUGGCACAAAAUGAAACGUGUGACGCGAGAACUAGGACGACAAAAACUGAGUUGUGUCAUUGUAUUUGUCUCUUUUGUUUGUCAUAUGAGUGGAAGGACUGAGUGGGUGAUGAAAAUCUAAAUUUCAUUUUAUAUUGAAGUGUACUUAAAAAGAGAACACUGAAAAUGAAGAUCACAAAACAUAAUGUUGCAAAUAUUUCUGUGUAAAUAUAUUAAAUAGUAAAGUAAUUGUGAUAUUAACUGGUUAUAUUGAUAGAGAAUCUAAUGGCAGAGAUGCACUUUUCUUUUUAUUUCCUGACAACUGGAUGCAUUUUCAUUGUGUACCAUGUUAACGUGAGUCGCCCUACUAUCCAGGAUUGCUUUAUUUUAAAUGACAUUAAUUUCUUUUGGUCUGAACCAUUCCUCAUUAUGAACUAUUGUUGCUUUAUACAUCAUGUAAACAGAUGUGUGAGGACUGUAGAGCUUACUGCCACACCACAUCUCUGCAAUUACAGAGCAACUUCAAAGGUUUCUGUCUGUCCUGUCUUUUUCAACAUAUAUAUAUAUAUAACCUUGAUUUUUAGCUACUGUCCUUAUCUGUGUAGAUUUGUCAUUUCAUCUUUUUUUGUAUGUUUUUUUUUUUAAGUUUCUACCUUUUUCACCUUUUAAUAUUCCCAGCUGUGAUUUUUGCCCAGCACUGUUAAGAUCGCAAUACAUAAUCCCACAAUUAGUGAAAAAAAAAGUUGACUGAUGGUGUUCUUACACUUGAGGUACAUUACAUCCGUUAUGUUUCAUGUCCUAAGUGACUGAUAAAGAGUUUGUUAUAUUGCAAGUUUGUUUUGAAAGCUUUUCCUACAUGUCCAUGAGUUAAACAUCUACAUAUGUACUGAUUCACUGUUCUCUGCAUACUUUCCACCUUUGUCUGUCCUUCAAUGCAGUGUUUUUCUCUCAUUUUUUUUUUGUUUUAGCAAGAUUGUGUUAGAAGUUGAAAAUAUUAAAAUCUGAAUGAAGAUGAAGUGCA